UCAGUUUCGUUUCUCAAACUCUUCCUUGGCCUCUGAUUUUCCCUUGAAAAACCCUAGAAGCCGCCCCGCUCCCUAACGCCAAAAGAAAAUGGCCGUCUCCGAAGCAUUGGUACUCCGCGGCACCAUGCGAGCCCACACCGACAUGGUGACAGCCAUCGCCAGCCCCAUCGACAACUCCGACAUGAUCGUCACUUCCUCUCGCGACAAAUCCAUCAUCCUUUGGCAGUUAACCAAAGACGAAAAGACCUACGGUGUCCCACGCCGUCGUCUUACCGGCCACUCUCAUUUCGUCCAAGAUGUUGUCCUCUCAUCCGAUUCCCAGUUCGCUCUCUCCGGUUCCUGGGACGGUGAGCUUCGUCUUUGGGACUUAAACGCCGGAACCUCCGCUCGUCGAUUCGUCGGCCACACCAAAGAUGUGCUCUCCGUUGCCUUUUCCAUUGACAACCGUCAGAUCGUCUCGGCUUCUCGUGAUCGAACUAUCAAGCUUUGGAAUACCCUUGGAGAAUGCAAAUACACAAUCCAAGACGGCGAUGCUCAUACCGAUUGGGUGAGCUGUGUUCGUUUCAGCCCGAAUACUCUCCAACCCACCAUCGUUUCGGCUUCAUGGGAUAAGACCGUGAAAGUUUGGAACCUGACCAACUGUAAGAUUCGUAACACAUUGACCGGACACUCCGGUUAUGUGAACACGGUGGCGGUUUCGCCUGAUGGGUCUUUGUGUGCCAGUGGAGGAAAAGAUGGAGUGAUUCUGUUGUGGGAUUUGGCCGAAGGAAAGAAGCUUUACAGUCUUGAUGCGGGUGCGGUCAUUCACUCGCUUUGCUUUAGUCCCAACAGGUACUGGCUUUGCGCUGCCACGGAGCAGAGUAUCAAGAUCUGGGAUCUGGAGAGCAAGAGCAUUGUGGAGGACUUGAAGGUUGAUCUCAAGGCUGAGGCUGAGAAGUCUGAUGUCACCGACACAGCAAACAAGAAGAAGAUCAUAUACUGCACAAGCUUGAACUGGAGUGCUGAUGGAAGCACCUUGUUUAGCGGGUAUACAGAUGGUGUAAUCAGAGUUUGGGGAAUUGGUCGUUUCUAGAUGCUUUGAGUAAUCAGAAUAUCAACUUAUCGCCACAGAUUAGUUGCUCUCUUGUAGGAGUUCCAAGCCUUUUUAAGAUUUUGUUUAAAAUGUUGAAGGAUCUUUGGGUUGUUCUUCCUUUUUUUUUUUUUAAUGUUUGGAUACUGCUAGGCUUUGAGGCCUAGACUAUUUUGGUUUGGUUAUUAAGUUAGAUAUUAAAUUAUUGACAUUAGUUGUUUUACAAUGUGGUUUGUGGCUAAAUAUUCGAGUUUGAAUUAACUCAAAAGGUUAUUGAGAAAGGA